GUAUGAUCCUCUGGCAGUGGUUAGCUGCCAUCGGAGCCGCUGUAUGCGUAGCAACAGUUUUGUUCUUUUGCUGUGUUUUGAUAUGUCGACGGAGUUCAUCAUCAUACGAGGUGUCGAAGGCGGUGAUGAGCCAACAGGUACCUCCAGGAGGAAAUGAGUUCUAUGUUUGACAAUGAAUCAGAACGAGUAAAACGGUGUAAGAACGUGCCUUGACUUAUGCGCCGAACCAAAAUCAUCAUCUACAACGCAAGGAUGAGCAACCUCUUAUUAUACAUAUAUUGUAUAUACAUCUUGUUUAUACAUACAUGCA